AUGGCCGACAAAGGGGUAACCAACAGAGGUGAGGCCAACAAAGGUGUGCCCGACAGAGGUGUGGCUGACAGUGUUGUAGCCGACAGAGGUGAGGCCGAUAGAGAUGAGGCGGACAGAGUUGUGGCGGACAGAGUUGUGGCGGACAGAGUUGUAGCCGACAGAGGUGCGGCCGACAGAGGUGUGGCCGACAGAGGUGUAGCCGACAAAGUUGUGGUUGACAAAGGUAUGACCAACAGAGGAUGCUCGUCAGAGGAUGGCCAACAAGGGAUGGCCAACAGAGGAUGGCCAACAGAGGAUGACCGACAGAGGAUGACCGACAGAGGAUGGCCGACAGAGGAUGGCCAACAGAGGAUGACCGACAGAGGAUGGCCAACAGAGGAUGGCCAACCAGAGGAUGACCGACAGAGGAUGGCCAACAGAGGAUGGCCAACAGAGGAUGGCCGAGAGGAUGGCCGACAGAGGAUGGCCAACAGAGGAUGCCAACAGAGGAUGACCGACAGAGGAUGGCCAACAGAGGAUGACCGACAGGAUGGCCAACAGAGGAUGCUCGUCAGAGGAUGGCCAACAAGGGAUGGCCAACAGAGGAUGGCCAACAGAGGAUAG